UCGUGUCGGCAAUGCACUCGGUGCAAGCGAACCCAACCGAGCCCGGGUCAUCUCGAACGCGUCACUCGCGGCUACACUGGUCAUCGUGAUGGUGGUGUCCCUGGCCUUCGUGGUAAGCCACAAGAACGUGCCCGGUUUGUUUCUAAAUGACCGUCUUGCCAUCGAAGCCUUCCAAGACGUUGUCGGGGUUUUCGCCGUCUUUAUCGUUGUCGACGGGAUGAAUUCGACCUGCCAAAGCAUCCUACGUGGCAUGGGCAAACUCACUCUUGGGGCUGUCGUGAACGCGAUGGCGUUUUACGCGGUGGGGCUGCCGCUUGUGGGUCUGUUUGCUUUUCAAUUGGACUGGGGCUUGCAAGGCACGUGGCUUGGCCUAACGACGGGACUGUCCCUUGGCGUGUCGGCCUAUCUUUUGCUGAUCCAGCGCACAGACUGGCGGGCACGCGCCGAUGAAGCGAUUCUUCGCAACGAAGACGAGAAAGUGUAUGCAGUCGUGUAAAACCAUCCAGGGCGACUCCUGUAUUUAACACGGAAAACGGCGGACCCGGCAGAAAAAUGUCUGGAGUGUGCUGCACCCCUUUAGUGUUUCGAGUUGGU